CGAAUCACGUAUGUGACAUGGCGUCCGGGUAGAAAGAAAGUUGACUGUUAAAUAAACGUUAAUGUUGUUUUUAUGACAUUGACCGAACAAAAAGGGAACCUCCGAGGCCGCGAAUUUUCCCUAGACACCGGCAUUGAUGGUAAUGCAUGCGAGGAAACCACAAAGGAUCAGCGAUGGGUACUUCGACAAACACCAGGCCCAUCCCUAUCAGAACACAAAAUACAGUAGUUCAAAGGGUGGCUACUCCUCGUCGACCACGUCGGAUAGUCGUUACGAGGGGCGAAUGCGAGAUUCCCCAAAUGGUAACUCGUACAGUCCAGCCGGAGGUUUGGGAAUGGGUAUGGGAGCAGAUCGUGACAGCCCCCGUAAUUAUGCCAGUAAACCUCUUUACAAGAAGGAGAGAGAAAACAGAGACUAUAAGUUAUCCUCCUCUAGGGACAAGUAUUCCGAUUGUGCACGAUCUCCGAAAGAUAAGAGGAGCCGCGAAAGCAGGGAUUCAGAACACAGGACCAAUCAUGAUAGGAGCAGUGGAGAGAUUUUGCAUCCUAUAAAAAUAUCUUCAAACUCAUCUAGAGAAUCGUCUUCACAACGGAAGCCAACGCAUAAUUCGUGUCAGGACAAACGGGGCGAUGAACGGGGAACUAUGGAACGCACGGCCAGGUUUGGCGACUGGUCGGAGCAUAUGAGUUCAUCAGGGAAGAAGUAUUAUUAUAAUUGCAAAACUGAAGUUUCACAAUGGGAAAAGCCGAGAGAAUGGAUUGUUCGAACCGAUAGUCGUCAGCGUCAAUCCAAUGACUACUCCAGUAGGUCAAGUCACGAUAAACAUUCCAACUCGCGAUCAAACAGCAGUGCCAGUAGUGCGCGAGAUGGUAAAUCAUCACGGCAAACUGACAAACGCGAAUAUUGGGUCUCAUGUAGUAGUAACAGUGGGAAUAGCAGUCGAGAGGAUGUCUCGUCUCGUGAACGAGAACGCGAAAGAGAGAAAGAACGUGAGAGAGAGCGUGAGAAAGAGCGAGAUUCCUGCAGAGAAGAUUUGGGAGUUGAACGUCAAACACAAGACAUGGACAUCUCUCCCGGUGAUUCUACACCCACCUCAGAACCACUGACAUCCAAUGUUCACGAUCAAAUUCCCCAAGGGCCGGUAUUGCUAGCUACAGCGUUACCUCGAUUAACGUCACACCCUUCAACGAUACCUCAAGCCCCUGGAAAAUUAGCAUCACCAACGCAACAACAUGGUAAUAGCAAUGCUCCAGGUCCACCGGUGUCACUCGCAAAUUUACCUAGACUUCUGUCACAAAUUACUGGCAGCAAAGAACAACCUGACAUCACCCCUCAAAAAGCUCUGCAAACCCUUCAAACUGCAAUUAUGUUGUCCAGACAGCAAUCGGGAAGUGGAGAACGAGCCAAUAUGUCGAAUGACGUUAUGGCUCCUUUAAAAGUUGACACUAGUGGUAAUGUCACUAGUGAAGGUCCACCAACUCCUACACAUUCGGAGACUCAGGACUGUGUUGACGUUCGAAAAAUAGCGAGUCCAGGAGCUACGAAUUCUAGUGUCCAAGGUCUCAGUUCGUUACAAGGAUUAAGUACAUUAGGUUCACUAGGAAGUUUAGGUAAUGGAGGUGGUUUACAAGCAUUAUCUAGAGUUCAACCGCCUCUGACGCCUUCCCUCACGCCUUCACUCGCAAAUCAUUAUCGAGAAGAUUUAACUCAACAUGUACGUGCUUUUCCCGCGGACAUUCUAGAAAAACAGGCGCAAAAGCUUAGUGAAGAAGCACAUACAAUGGGCAGUUUACAAUGCACACGUGUAUCCGCAGAAUUAAAAACUGCGCGAUCUAUAGUCAGGUUGACAGAAAUUCAAGCGACGUUGCAGGAACAAAGGAUAUUGUUUCUCCGUCAACAAAUUCGGACUCUAGAGGAGCUGAAAUCCCAAAAUUCCUUCAUGUCUGAUGAUUCUUAGUGUAAGGGACUUUAUAAAAUAAUUAUUACAACCUAUAAUUAAUUCAUGAAAAAAAAAUAAUAAAAACAUACUUAUUAAUAUUCUCAUUAAGAUUUUACCUAAAUUAUAAUAUCAUUGAUAGAAGUGAUAUAAAUAGUGAAAAAAAACAAAAAAAAAUAAAAUAAAAAAUGACUGGGCUCCCCGAAGAGGCUUGGGCUGUCAGCGACGUGACAGCCAAGAAAUUAAUGCGUACCUCUUCGGGAUUGUGCGGCCUAUCCAAGAUACAUUCAGUCACGACACAAAAAAAAAUAGAAUUGUACCAAAUUGUAUAUCUGAUCUUGUCCACUGUAUUACCUAUGUUAUAUACGUGUCAAUGUUUCAUAUCCCAUUGAUUAAGUGGCAUUUUAAACUAUAGUUCAAUGAUAAUUGGUUUUUUUCUUUUUUUGUUGUAAAUUUUUCGGAAUAAAGAAACAUCGUGCCACAAGUUUUAAUACAGAGUUUCUUCAUCAUAAAAAAAAGAAAAAUAUUAUAAUUUCUGCUGUUGUGCGUGCUUUUCAUCAAUUUUUUUGUUUUUUCACUCGCAUUCAAUGUUCUCUUUUGACCUCUCGCGUAUAAUACAUUUAUAAUAUUAUAAUAAUACAUUAUUAUGACUUUGGAAAAUACAAAAAAAAAAGAAAAUAGAUUAAUUAGUAGUUAAUAAUAAUUAAUUGAUUAAAAGUUUAAUUAAUUAAUUCAUCCUAAAUAACAGGAAAUACUGUUUUACGAGAGAGGGACCAAAUCGCGAGCUACGUUCCUUGGAUUUGAAGCGCAUUUUUCUUAUUAAAAUAAAAACUAGAAAUAGAGUAAAAAAAAGAAACGCCUUUUUUAUACGAAAUGCUUUUACACGAUGAUUUUAUGCCUUUUGCAAAUAUUGACGUGCGUCCUUAUUUUUUAAUGAACUUUUCCUUUUUGAAGUAAUCUUUUCUUUUUCAAACCAAGAACGCAAAAGAACACUGUUAUUAGGCCUUGUGGCAAAAAAAAAAACGUAUGAAAAAUAACAUUAAAACAUUUAAUAAAAAUUGGUCACUGUAUUCAGUAUUUAUUGAACUUUUAUUUCCGAAUAUAAUGGUUAAAAUGAAAUAAAAAUGCCUAUUGAGUCUUUA